AUUAUUAUAAUUUUGGACCAGUUGAUUUUGAAGAAUUAGACGAUUAUGCCGAAGGGAUGAUGUGUGAAAAUCCAGAAAUAAAUAAAUUUAUUAGAGAAAAUGAUGGUUUAAAAUGGAUACCAUACGAACAAUUAUCUAAUAUUGAAUAUCUUGCUCAUGGAGGGUUUGGUGUGGUAUCUAAAGCCAGAUGGAAUUUUUUAGAUGUUGCUUUAAAAUGCUUAAAUAAUUCCAAAAAUUUGACGGCUGAUGUCUUACAAGAGAUCACUAAUUAUCGGCUGUUUGAUCAUAGUACAAAUAUUAUUUAUGUUAGUCAAUGUUAUGGACUUUCUCAAGAUCCUACAACAGGCAAUUAUCUAAUGGUAAUGCACUAUUUUGAAGGUGGUAACUUAAGGCAAUAUCUAGAUAAUAAUCAUAAUCAAUUAUUUUUUGAAGAUAAACUUGGAUUGUUAUACACGAUGGCAAAUGGACUAUACCACAUUCAUUCUCAAGGACUAAUUCACAGAGAUUUUCAUCCGGGUAAUAUAUUAAAUAGAUUUAGUAGUACAUUGUAUUUUAAAAGCCUAGAAUACAACAAAACAAUGCAAAAUAUUGGCUGUUAUAUUACUGAUUUGGGAUUAUGCAAACCAAUUGAUGAAGCAAAUGAUGAUAAAACAAUUUAUGGAGUGCUGCCUUACGUUGCACCUGAAAUUUUAAGAGGAAAACAAUACACACAAGCUUCUGAUAUAUAUUCAUUUGGAAUAGUUGCAUACGAAUUAUUUUCUGGAUUGCCUCCUUAUUACAAUGUUCCUCAUAAUACUUCCUUGACUAUAAAUAUAUGUAACGGACUUCGUCCUAAUUCAGAUAUUAUUAACGUGCCUCAGCUAUUAAAGAAAUUAAUUAUCAAGUGUUGGGAUGACAACCCUCUAGUCCGUCCAACAGCUUCUGAGUUAUUUGAUCUUUUUGGGAAAUGGUAUUGUGGUCAGGAUGAAGAAUUUUGUCGUCAAUAUAGACAGAUAGAUGAUGCAGAAAAAUUAAUGCCAUUAGAAACAUACAAAAUACAUCCGCAAGCCAUUUAUACAAGUCGACUGCUUAAUUUAAAUUUAAAAGAAAAUGAUUAUGUUUCCAACAAAUUGAAUGAACUCCACAUUGAAGAUAAUUAG